AUGGAGCCCUGGCCCUUGUCCGGCGGAGUCCUCAUGCUGGCUGCUGCUGGCCGCAUCGCUCCUGCCCGCCUAAAAGCGGCGUGUCUGCCCUAUUGGCCGCGUGCCUUCUCGAAGAAAUUAGCGCACAGCCCCGAAACCCGCUCCCCUGCGAGUUUGCCACUGCAGCGAACCCCUCCCCUCGUCGCUGUCAGAGCCAUGUCGCAAUGGCAAUGCACCGCCGCCUGGGACAUAUCGCCAGUCGCCGUGGGUGCCGCCAGUGCUCAACCAUCACGCCAGACUCCACCCACUUCUCGGUCCAGCCAGGGCGCCGUGUCACCACCAUGCACGCUCAGCGCGCUCGGUCGCUACAGUAUCUCAGUCAUUCGCAUGCCAGACCCCGAGGGACGGCACUUGUUCGGACGCUUACUGAAUCAGAGUCCUUGGCCCACUAGCCCCAUCUGGCCGUCUACUGACCAGUCCGCGCAGCAUCUCUGGCCCGCACCCCGGGCUGACAACAACGACUCCAGCCUGUGUACUUCCUGCUGCCGUCUACGAUAG